GAAUGAUGCAGUUAGCAGAACGAUGUUUCACUUCCAGCGCCAGCCUGCCCAAGCCUUUCUACAGCUUGUCCUCGUCCCCGGAAAGUCACAGCCCGGCGUCCUCGCAGCUCGAGUUCGCGGAGAGCGAGCGGGCGGACAGUCUGCAGGACACCACCGGCGCCAUCCAUAAGAAGUUCGCCGCCGGCUCCGGGAUGCUGACGGACAGCCAGGGCCACAGCUUCAGCCCGGCCAAAGUAGGGGCGCCGGCGGCCGGGGACCGCGCCAAGGGCUCGCCGUCUGGGCCGGCCGACGAAGACUUGGCCGAAGUUCGCUACAGUCUGGACAGCCUGGGGCCCGAACGGUAUUUCCUGUCUCCCGUGGCACCGCAGAACCUGAGUCCCGGCCACCAGCAGCAGCAGCCCCAGCAGCAGCCCCAGCAGCAGGGAGCUCCUAACCCCGGCUCCUUGCUGCCUUACCCCGGGCAACACCCCUCCUCGGCGUUCCCGGUGAACGGGGCCAGCCGCUACCUGAGCCCGCACUCCGUGCUGAGCAACGGCGCCUACAACCCGAUUCUGACCGCGGCCGGUGCCCCGGCGCUCGGCCCCUCGGCUUACCCGGCGUACCCCGGCUCGGGGCGCUCCCAGUACGGACACGGCUACCAGGGCGGCCCGCUCUACCCGCAGUACAGCCCCAGCAUCCCGCACCCCACCCGGGCGCAGGUCUACCUCUGCAAUCGGGCACUUUGGCUGAAAUUUCACCGGCACCAGACCGAGAUGAUCAUCACCAAACAGGGCAGGCGUAUGUUCCCCUUCCUGAGUUUCAAUAUUUCUGCUCUCAACCCAACCGCUCAUUACAAUGUGUUUGUGGAGGUUGUGUUGUCCGAUCCCAAUCACUGGCGAUUUCAAGGCGGAAAAUGGGUGACUUGCGGAAAAGCGGACAGCAACAUUCAAGGUAACAGAUCUUAUGUCCACCCUGAGUCUCCAAACACUGGAGCUCACUGGAUGAGACAAGAGAUUUCCUUUGGGAAACUUAAACUGACUAACAAUAAGGGCGCAACCAACAACAGCACUCAGAUGGUUGUAUUGCAGUCCUUGCACAAAUACCAACCACGCCUUCACAUAGUGGAGGUGAAUGAAGAUGGUGUGGAGGACAUAUCUGAGUCUUCAAAAACACAAACAUUUACUUUCCCCGAAUCACAGUUCAUUGCUGUCACUGCCUACCAGAACACUGAUAUUACCCAGCUCAAGAUAGAUCACAAUCCUUUUGCCAAAGGUUUCAGAGACAACUAUGAUUCUAUGUUCACUACUCCAGAAAAUGACAGAUUGACCCCAUCUCCCACGGAUUCACCCCGAUCCCAUCAGAUCGUGCCUGGGGCACGUUAUGCCAUGCAACCCUUCUUCCAGGAUCAGUUUGCCAACAGUAUACCAUCAGCCCGGUUCUACAAUGGUGAACGUGCAGUGCCCCAAACAAGUGGCAUCCUGUCCCCACAACAAACCGAGGAGUCCAGCAAUCCUCCCCAGAGGUGGUUUGUCACCUCCGUGCAACAGCCUGGCACCAACAGGUUGGACUUUACCUCUUACGAUGCAGAUUAUGCUGCCAAUGCCUUGCUGCCCUAUGGUCUCAAGCCUUUACCCAUUCAGUCAGCUCAUUCUCUGAGCUAUUAUCCUGACCCAACAUUUGGUUGGGGCUCCAGGAGUUCCCAAUACCAGAGAAAGAUAACCUCUGGGCUAACAUGGUCCUCCAGAACGAGUCCACCAGCUUUCCCUGAAGAUCAAGUAUUGUCCUCCGAGGACAAGGCAAGGGAAGAAGCCAACUCACCGUGGAUUGAAACCCCACCAUCCAUUAAAUCCAUGGACUCAGACUCUGGACUCUAUGAAAAUGCCUGCAAAAGAAGAAGGGUUUCGGCUGGCAACUCAAGCAGUGAAAGUUCACCAACAAUUAAAUGUGAGACAAUUACUUCGAAAGAGUAUAACAAGGAUGGUGCAAAAGCGAUGGGCUACUAUACUUUCUACACCAGCCCUUAAGGUAUUCCCGAGAUGUUUGUCUGUAUAUAUCCAAUCCAUUCACCAAAUGUUGAGAUGGUCUUAGGAGUGCCAAAAAGACUGAAGCUUCCUUCCACCUUAAGAACUGACCUUGUACAGUGUAACAGUGCAAUCAAAUUUUUAAGAAGGUGCCAAAGCUAUCUGAUGCUGUAAGCGAUAAGAUGGAGACAUUCUAGCUAAGCCUGGUCUAAUGUGAUGUCCCAUAAUAUAUAGUAUUAACUUUAGGAGGAAUUACUUGGUGGGUGGGGCUUAAAUACCAGAUUGACGUUUACUGUAUGUGGUUUUAUUUAUUUGACAAUACAAAUAUGUACAGUUCCUGUUCUUUAUAGUCUACUGUAGAAUGGGUGCAGUAUGGUGUAAAAGAAAAUGACAGUGUUAGUUCAAUGAAUAAAACCCAGUCCUUUCCAAUUCCAUUAAUAUGUACAGAUGAAGCAAAAACAGCAUUUUCAAGCAUUACAUUUUUCAAAAGCAAUAAAAUAAGAUUGGUUCAGACUGCAAAAUUUCAACUUUCCAAGGGAUACUGUGAGAAGGCAACUCAAGGCUUGAUAGAUGCAUAGCUAAUGCACUUAUAAUUCUGACCAUUUCCCAUCCUCAUUCACAUAACAGAAAUAGAAUAGUGAAAGACCUGUUGGCACCUUAGCUACAAAUUUAUCAGGCUUCUGGUGGUCACUUGACUGUAAUUGUGGACAUUAAAAUCUCACACAUAAUUCAAAUCAUUCUUCAAGUAACACGAUGUGCUUAAAAGUUUCAGCAUAAAGGCACCUCGGCAAAUUCAAACUUUUGCCUUGAACAUUUAUUUUUAGUGCGUGCAAUUAUCCUGUUAUGUACCUGCUGAACGCAGAUUAUUUUACAUCAUGCCAACAGUCUGAAAUGAUCUUGGAAUGUUAUUUGCUACGAGUUUAAAAACAAACAAACCAGGGCUUAAUUAAAAGAUGGCGUCGGUAUGUGGUUUAUUUGCAAAAUAAAAGUACCAGAUUUUCAAGAAUUGGUUAAAAUGCAGCGGUAAUGAAAUCCUUUUACUGGCUUCUUGAAAAAUGGUUAUCUCGCUGAUUAUUUCCAAAUUAUGCAUUCUAAGUAGAAAGAGCAGACAACAAGAAAUAACGAAAUGUUUCUGUAAUAUUUUUGAUUGUUGGAACAAUCAUCGGGGAGAAAUUCCGCAUAAAAAUGUUCUGUAAAUCCGCCCUGUUUUCUGAGGAAGGCUUAAUUCCAACAAACAAGAAAGCAAUCAGGAAAGCAUAAUCUCAUUGACUGGAAAUGGUGCAAAUGUUUCACAAUUGACAACACGUUUAAAUCAUAGCUCACGCAGGGCCGGUCGGGGGAGACUGACGACUUUUGUGUGUGUGUGUGUGUGUUUUAAUCGACACAUCGUCGAAAGCGUUGAGCUGCUGCAUUCCUUUGGUGAAUGAAAUGCACGAUCGUCUAUGCUCUCUCCGCCCGGUUUGACCAGUGCGGAAUCUCUGUCGCUUUGCAAUCUCACCUUCAACGCAGUUACACUUCAAUCGUCAUUCUUGCAGUUGUGGAAAAUUUCUGGUUAUUUUGGUCCUGCCUUGUACCCGGGUCGCACUCUUUGAUUUUUUUUAGUUGGUGGUUUGCGCCCUUCAAAAAACAGUUAAAUCAAAUGUCUCCGGACUGCGUUCCGAAUUGCAACCCCACACGAACAAUGGAAGAAGCCUUAAAAAGCAAAAUAAAAUGCUCGCGGGAAGUGGAGGCUGGUAUCAGUUUUCCCUUAUUCCCGUGUGCAGCGAUAUUGUGUGGUUGACUCAAAAAUUCCAAACUAGGUUCUUGUUCAGCGGAAGGGUGACUGAACCUGAAACGGUAACUCUGAUUUCUCUGCAUAGCUGCUGCCAGACCUGUUGAACUUCUCCAGCAACGUCUGUUUUGGCUUCUUGUGAAUUUAGACAGCGCCUGUCCACUUAUUUUGGGGAUGGGUGUUGGGAGCUUGAUCGCGCUUAUUAAAAAUGCUAUAUAAAUGCAGGGGGAGGGGUGUCUGCAAGCGCCACCUUGUGGCGGCUCGGUAGGCGCGCUCAGAAUAAAGGGAGCGCCUCCAUAUCAAUGCAGUGGUAUGAAUUCUGUAGGGGUUCGGGUCUCACCUUCCCCGGGAGACUCCUGUGCUCCUGUUGAAUUCAAGUGAAAAUCUUGGAAAGGUACAAAAUCGGGGUGAACAUUUCGCACACUUAGCGUCGAGGGUGUGAUGCUGGAAAAGCGCAGCAGGUCAGGCAGCAUCCAAGGAGCUGGAGAAUCGACGUAUCGGGCAUGAGCCCUUCUUCAGGCAGUCGCUGUGCCCGAUGUAUUGCAGAUGGUGUGCUACAUUGGACUGUCCUCACUUUAUUUAACGCCACAGCAGUAAAAGGGUCAAAUCGGAUCAAGGCGUGAAAAUGCCAAUAUCUAAAUGAAGGGCUCAUGCCUGAAACGUCGAAUUUCCUGCUCCUUGGAUGCUGCCUGACCUGCUGCGCUUUUCCAGCAACACAUUUUCAGCUCUGAUCUCCAGCAUCUGCAGACCUCACUUUCUCCUUUAACAAUUAGAGGACAAGAAAUACUUCAAAUUGACGGAAUGUGUGUGACAUCUAAAGUAAACAGCUAAAGUGUUUGUCCUCUGUUCACUUAGGGAUCCACUGGGUUCCCACAUCAACAGGCAGCGUGUGUAUUGACAGGAAAGUAAGAUCACUUCUCUGGUUCACCUUUAGUCCAUCUUCCAUCAGAAACACAGUGGCCCAUCUGCCGACUGUCUUAGGUUGGAAAUUCAAAUUCCCUCCAUCGGCAGCAUUUCCAUCUUUUUAUUGGCGUUGUCAGUCCUGACAUCUAAAACACCCGAAAGAUGCAGCUAAUAUAAACUAAGGUCAAAUCCGUAUUUGCCGACCAUCAGACGCAAAAAAAAAUUGAAAACUAAUUUGAAGAUAUUUCAGUAAACUAUCCAAUCGCUCAGUGGGAGAAUUGCCUCUCAAAGUAAACGGGCAAUCCCACUUUGUACCGCGCAGCGUGGAAAAUCGAUGCGGGAAUAACUAAACAUUUCGGCCUGUAGUUUUGUUUGGAUUUUAACCUUGUUUCUUUCGGUAUGUGUUUUGGGGGCCUCCCCCCCCUCUUUUGGAGUGUCACUCACAAAUGGGAAAACCAACAGGGCGAGACAUUCACACUGAGAACGCGGAUUUGAAACUUUUGAAGGGUAAAAAUGAAGGAGUGCAUGCCGACCUCAUUUCUGAAGGGAUUCCGCAGCUUCGUUUGAACGGAAGCGGGUUACCUAACAUUAAAAUGACGGCGGCUGAGUGCUCGGCACCAAUUUGGCUGUAUCAGACAGGUUCUGAAACGAGCGAGUGUCCAAGGCGUGGAAUGUUUAUUUGGUUCAAUCUCCCCUGCCAGAAAGCAGUGAUUCCGAAAUGUAACACCUCACAAACCUGGUGACAUUUAUGAAUCAGUCAGUUCUGAGAAAUCAGACGACAUUCGAACAAAUAAAAAGAAAAUGAAACUUAAUAUUUGUCUAAUAAAGAUUAUCUUGCAUUUUCGGCUUGUGUGUAGAUGAUACGGACCCAGAAAAAUGCUGUUUGCUGUCAAACUCUGUAAAUGGCCGCAUUAUCUGUAACAGCCCAGUUAAAAGGAUUAACUUUUAACAAUAAAUUAUAUUUGAUUUAA